AGCCGAUCGACCGAUCGACUAAAGAUAAAGCAAUUGGACUCAUCGUCAUCAUCAAACGGGAUCCGAUUGCAUUGCAUUGGGUAUAUCUAUCUCCGGUCCGGUGGGACAAACGAGCAGCGGACUCCACGAAGCGAAUAAAACUCGCAUAAAAUUGUAUAUAUAAUAUAUGUUCUUCCUCGCCUCGCCUCCAAGCAAGGCAUAUGGAUGUGGCGGCCUCGGUGCUCUCCCGCCUGCCCCACCAUGGCCAUGGCAGUGCCUUCGUGGACGCCGCCACGGGCAGGAGCCUCUCUUUCUUGGCCCUCCACCGGGGCGCGCUCUCCCUCGCCUCCGGCCUCCGUCUCGGCCUCGGCCUCCGGCGCGGCGACGCCGUCCUGGUGCUGUCGCGCAACUCGCUCCUGCUCCCGCAGAUACUUCUCGGCGUCCUCGCGGCCGGUGGCGUGGUGGUCGCCGCCGACCCCGACGCCACGGCCGCGGAGAUAGCCGCCGCGGCGCACGGCUCGGGUGCCGUGAUGAUCGUUGCCGAGCCGGAGGCGGAGGUCGCCGGCGUGGGCGUGCCGCUGCUGCUGACGUCGCGGUCGCUGCUCUCCCUCUCGGCGGAGGAGCUGAUCGACGGCGGUGACCCCAUGGUCCUCUCCCUCUCAGAAGAGGACGACGACCUAGCUGCUUUCCUGUCGUCGUCGGCGAGCAGGACGGUGGCCGACCUCGUGGCCGCCGUGCAGGUGCCAGGGCUGGACGAGGACGAGGGCCGCCGGGUCUGCCUCGCGUCUCUCCCGAUGUGCAGCGCCCACGGCUUGGCGCUCAUCGCCCUGGGGCUCCCCGCUGCCGGAGUGACCACGGUGCUACCCCAUCCGGGGGCGGCAAGCAGCAGCUUAUGGGAGGCCGUAGCCACGCACGCCGCGACGGACGUCGUGGCGGCGCCUGAGGCUCUCGCCGGCGGUCCCAUGCCACUGGAUGCCAGCAGCAAGCUCUCCUCGCUUAGGAGGGUGAUGGUGGCCCCCACGCCGCUUACGCCAGAGGCACGCCAUCAGUUCCGCCGGAGGCUGCCGUGGGUCCACCUGAUGGAGCUAGGCCUGUCGCUGUCGCUGGGAGGAGGAGGUCUCAUGCUCACACAGGCUGACGCUGCAGUGAUACAUUCUUCCUUUCAGCCACAACAGCCAGCCAGCAGAACAAAUGUCAGCUACAAAGGAGGCCGCCUCCACGGUGCCGCCGCUCAACAAGAUCCAAAAGAUUAUUUUGGGAGACAUCUCUUCAAGAUCAUCCACGAGCAAGCACCCAGUAACCGGCAGCAACAGACAAGCUUUCUCAAAAAUGUAGCAGAUCCUCCGCCUUCAUUUCCUGUUCUGAAGCUGCUUGUCAACCUGAUGACACGUCAUCCAAAAGUUACAGCCACUCUAAAUAUGUACUAUCAACUAUGGAGCUACAGCUGAUAAUUUAAAGCUUCAAUCGAUUUGUAUGGACACCACUGUUACUAUUGAAUGUAAGCAGUCCAAGAGUUUAUGGUA